AUGUUUGUAGAAACGAAUAUUUGUGAUAAAUUACGUGCUUGGAACAUACAAUUUAAUGUUACUCAUAACUGUCUUAACGCUUUGCUAAAAAUUUUACAAACUGAAGGUUUAAAUGUUCCUAAAGAUGGACGAACUUUAAUGAAGACUCCUCCUAAACAUACAAUUAUACAAAUGAAUAAUGGUUCUUAUGUACAUUUUGGGAUCGAACAAAUGGUUUAUCCAAUUUUACGUAAACAUAAAAAUGAUUUAUUAAAUAUAAAUAAUUUAAAGUUUGGUAUAAACGUGGACGGGUUACCGCUAGCCUCAAGCUCAAAAAGCCAAUUUUGGCCUAUUUUGAUGUGUAUUGUAAAUGUAAAAGUUUUAUCUAAAUAUGUUAUACCGAUUGGUAUAUUUCAUGGGUUUGAAAAGCCAUUUUCAGUUGAUGAAUUUUUAAGUUUUUUUUUAAUAGAUGCUUUAAGUAUGCUUGAAAAUGGUAUAAAUGUUGAUAAUACUUUAUAUAAUAUGGAAAUAGCUCAUAUUGUAUGUGAUGCACCAGCUAAAGCAUUCUUAUUAAAGGUGAAAUCACAUAAUGCCUACCAUGGAUGCAAUACAUGCAUUGAUGAAGGUGUAUUUAAUAAGACAAUGACUUUUUUAACUACCAAUAUUGAUAACAGUUCUUACUAA